AUUGGUCCGGGCGUGUCUCUCUCCAGGGGUCUUCUGGCCAGGUCUACACUUCAGGCCCAGGCUGCCUCUCCCAUCUUCACCCAUGUGUACGCUGCUGUGGUGGCCAUCAUCAACUCCAAGUUUCCUCAGAUCGGAGAACUUAUUCUCAAGAGACUUAUCCUCAAUUUCCGGAAAGGUUACAGGAGGAAUGAUAAACAACAAUGUCUUACAGCAUCCAAGUUCGUGGCUCAUCUCAUCAACCAGAAUGUGGCUCAUGAAGUCCUGUGUCUAGAGAUGUUAACUCUGCUGUUGGAAAGACCCACUGAUGACAGUGUGGAAGUCGCCAUCAGCUUUCUAAAAGAGUGUGGUCUCAAACUGACAGAGGUCUCACCCCGAGGCAUCAAUGCUAUCUUUGAACGUCUGAGGAACAUCUUGCAUGAAUCAGAGAUAGAUAAGCGUGUACAGUACAUGAUUGAGGUGAUGUUUGCCAUCAGGAAGGAUGGGUUUAAGGACCACCCUAUUAUCCCAGAUGGGCUUGACCUAGUGGAGGAAGAGGACCAGUUCACACACAUGCUUCCUCUGGAGGACGAUUACAACACAGAGGACAUCUUAAAUGUCUUCAAGUUGGAUCCCAACUUCCUGGAGAACGAGGAGAAGUACAAAGCAAUUAAACGGGAAAUUCUGGACGAAGGAAGCAGUGAUUCUGGCGACGACGCUGGUGGCAGUGGAGAUGAUGAAGAUGAUGAUGAUGAGAAAGAUGAAGAAGAGGCAGCUGGAGAAGGUAGUUAUUUAAAACAUUUAUCAUAUGUCGCAUGUUCUGCCAUAUAG